AUGGAGGACAGUCUGGAACGGAGAGAGGUUGGCGAGAUUGGAGCGCUGGCGGUUGCUGAAGCACUCAAGGUGAAUGCGGCCGCAGUUUCGCUCUUCCUGGGCAACAGCCAGAUUGGUGACGUUGGAGCGAUUGCGAUGGGUGAAGCACUCAAAGUGAACGCGACGCUCACACAGGUGUACUUGAAUGGCAACCAGAUUGGCGAUGCUGGAGUGCAAUGCAUUGCUGAAGCACUCAAAGUGAACACAAAGCUGGUUUCACUCGACCUGAGGAGGAAUCAGAUCGGCGAUGAUGGUGCAAAGGCAGUUGCCGAGGCACUCAAGGUGAACGCGACGCUGGAAACGCUCUACCUGUGGGAGAACCAGAUUGGCGAUGCUGGGGCGCAAGCGAUCGCCGAAUCACUCAAAUUGAACAGGACGCUCACUACACCCGGUCUGGAAACGAAUCAGAUUGGCGAUGCUGGAGCGCAAGCAAUUGCUGAGGCACUCCAAGUGAACAAGACGCUGUCUUAUGUCCAUCUGCAAUUUAAUCAGAUUGGCGAUAUUGGGGCGCAGGCGAUUGCUGAGGCACUCAAAGUGAACAAGACGCUGUUCUUUAUCAACCUGCGAUAUAAUUGCAUAGGCACUGUCGGUGCGCAGGCAAUUGAUGAGGCACGCAAGGUCAACAGCACGAUUGAUGUUGCCAUUGACGACCAGAUUAGCCCACUAGCCGUUUCCCUACUCCCACGAUUAGCAAGUGCUGAAGACUUUCAGAGCGUGUCUUGCUUGCUGGCCAGUGGACCGGAACUGGAGGACCCAUCAGCAUUUCUUCCAGCUCUACCUCUCGAGCUUGUCGAGCGCAUUCUGGAUGAAGCGUAUUAUUGGGAGGGCGUGCAACACACCAAACGAGAGCUGUUUCAUGACGAUGCCGAUCGUCCCCUCAAAGUCAGAGUGCCUCAGAGCAUCGAUGGACGCUCAAUCCGUGUGAGGGCAAUUCAUGUGAUUCGUGACUGGAAGAAGUGUCCAGAGAACUCCCUUGACAGCUUUUUUGACGUGCUUGUUCGAGAUGCGCACGGUGCUGUGCAAUACGAAUGCGCCGUGAACCCGACGUUCGUCUAUUCGACCACCGAGCUUGUCACGAUCUUGCCCGCAAGCCAUCCCGUCCUCCGACAAAUGCGCGAGAGUUGGGAAGUUCAAGUGCUAUCGAGCGAUUCUGCUCCACAAGAUGUGCGAUUCGAACGGCUCUACAUUGGAUAUUGCGAGCGCCAGAGUUCGGGCGUCUCCCUGCCCUAG